CGCCUAUGUACGUAGGUAUGAAAGCACUCUAUGCCUCGAGCGCACAUGUAAACGCUGGUUUAGCUGUGUGCGUAUCCCUUCUACCGAGACAUCCCUGAAUCAAAUAAUCAAACAAUUAUUGUGAGUAUGAAGUGUUACGCACAACGAAGUCGCGACGAGAUCCAUCAAAAAAGAAGAAUCAGCACAAGACAGCCGAUAUUACCAGAGAGAGAGAGAAGCAAAAUGAUACUUGAAGGAUUAGUAACUGCUUUUGUUAUUGCUCUGUGUUGUUUAUAUAUUUACUACAAGUUUGUGGUGUUCGAUUUCUGGCGCAANAAAGGUGUAUUUUUUAUUAAACCUGUUGUACCAGUUGGUAAUUUGACACCUUUUGUUACUGGAAAAAUAUCAAUAGGAGAACUAUAUCGCGAUGUUUACUUGAAAUAUAAGGACCACAGUGCUAUCGGAAUGUAUACAUUUUUCAAACCGACUCUUGUAAUUGCCGAUCUUGAUCUUGUCCGAAUGGUGCUGACAAAAGAAUUUGGCAGUUUUCACGAUCGCGGGUUGUAUUUUAACGAGAAAAUAGAUCCGAUGUCCGGUCAAUUGUUUUUCUUACCCGGAAAAAAAUGGAGAAAUCUGCGCGUCAAGUUGACUCCUACUUUUACUUCGGGGAAACUAAAGCAGAUGUUUGCAAUACUCAAAGAAUGCGGCAAAGAUUUGGCAAAAUCUUUGGAAAAAACAGCCAAGUCAAAAGGAUAUGUUGAUAUAAAAGAAAUGUUUCCAAGGUAUUCAACAGACAUAAUUAUGUCAGCAGCUUUUGGAAUCAAAUCCAACUGCAUAGAAGAACCAAAUAAUGAAUUUCAAUACUGGACAAAGAAAGUCUUUGAAAUAAGUAACCUCAAGAAUGCCAUUUUUAUGUUUGCAUCUCCAAUUGCCAAUUUAUUUUCUAUCCCUAUGUUUGAUCAGGGUACUACUAACUUUUUUUUAAAUGUAUUUCGAGAUAAUGUGAAAUACAGACAAACUCACAAUAUCGCCAGGCACGAUUUUAUGAGUCUACUUAUACAACUUAUGGAGAACGGUUAUGUCGAGCCUGACGAAGAGAAAAAUGUUACCGAUAAGAAUGAUGUAUCUGUGACAGCGACUACGAGUAAAAUUUCUAUGUUGGAAGCGGCUGCGCAAGCUUUUCUCUUCUACUUAGCUAGCUACGAAACUUCCUCAAGUACGGCAACCUACUGUUUGUACGAAUUAGCCAUAAAUCAGAACAUACAAGAUAAGCUUCGACAAGAAAUCGAUCAAAUACUGAAAGAACACGGAGAAGUGACUUACAAUGCAGUAAAUGAUAUGACUUAUCUUCAUAAAGUAGUAAAUGAAACUCUGAGGAAAUAUCCGCCUGUACCGAUGCUGAAUCGUAUUUGCACCAAAAACAUAACUCUACCAACGAACAUUCACAUACCGGAAGGAACUUUAAUUACCAUACCAGUACUUGGCAUACAUCAUGAUCCGGCGAUAUAUCCGGAACCGGAUAAGUUUGAUCCCGAACGAUUCAACACGGAUCAAAUAACGGCCAGGCAUUCAUACGCUCAUUUGCCAUUUGGAGAAGGACCGCGAGCUUGUAUCGGUACACGACUAGGUUAUAUGAUGGUGAAAAUUGGAAUCGUGAAUAUAGUAUCAAACUUUAAAGUAAAACUUCACCCCAAAACUCCGGUGCCACCGAUCUUUGACAAAGCUACUACAGUACUUACUCCCAAAGGCGGAGUACCUUUUAUAAUUGAACCGCUAUAAAACAUCUCGCGCUCUCUACAGCCGCAUUUAAACUACGUACGUCAAUUGUGUAACAAAUAAUUACAAUGUCGCAAUCAUCGUGCGAAAAGCAAACAAACAAAUAUGCAAUCUUGUAAUACCGAUAUUGAUAAUAAAGAUAAAUAUUUGCAGAAUCA